AUGUCCCUCAAGUUCAUCAAAGUAGCAGCGCUCGUGGGCUCAAGCAUCUCGUUUGGCGGCAACUUCUACAUCUCCGCCUUCGCGAUCCCAGCGAUGCUCUCUCCCUGUAGCUACAAAGCCGAAGGACAAGGAGUUGUCCUUCCUGCAAAGGUUUUACAAAUGCAAUGGCAGCACGUCUACGACACCGGCAAGCGCUUCUUCCCAUUGCUUAUCGUGGGGACCUCUGCGCUCUACCUGUACCUCGCAUACAAUGUUCCCGCCGAGGCCCGCCCACUGUACCUCUUAGCCGCUUGCUGUGGAGUGAGCAUCGUGCCAUAUACGCUCGCGGUUAUGAUGCCCAACAUCAAAAGGAUCCAGGGUGAGAUCAAGGAGGAAGAUACGCAGGUCGGGCUGAGGUUGAGGGAUGACAUUAAGACGUGGAGCAGGAUGAACUGUGGACGCGCAGUGCUGCUGGGCGUGGCUUUCUUGGCAGGAGCUUGGGCGGCGGUGGACAGUUCGUAG